GAUUGGAUGGAAACAGAUGGAAAGGAUUGUUUUUCCACUUCACAUUUUAUGUUGUUGUGGCCAGAGAUUUUGUUGUGGCCAUUGGCCAUAACAAUAUCAACUCAUUUCCUUCAUUUCUGAUCAUAACUAAUUAUUGUGUGUCAGUUGGCAGCAAUGUUAUUUUGACGCAUUAUGUACUUUUGAUCCAUUAUGAAUUUGUUCUAAGCCCAAUUAAUCGCAAUAAAACUACAUUUACACUAAUUAAAUUUGCGCAGCAAACUUAAAAGUGUGUUCUACGUCGUGUGUCCAUCAUUUUGGGAUCAAAAACACGCAGUUUGCGUGUUGGAACUGAGCAAAAAUGACGAUUGAAGGUAACAAGGACGAGGCUGACAAGUGCUUAGAGAUCGCUCAAAGUGCUUUUUCUAGUGGAAAUGUUGAGAAAGCUGAGAAGUUUUUGCUGAAGGCCGAGCGUUUGUACCCUACGCCUCGCGCUAAAGAGCUUUUGACGAGGGUGAGAGCUGCCGCGGCUUCUGGAAAUGUACCAAAGAGGACACCACCUAGCAGUCCAGGGCCUGAGGAGGUUCGAAGAAGGAAACCACCAGCUCACCAGCCUCCGCAGAGAGAAUACACCUCGGAUCAGCUCGACGCUGUGCGCAGGGUCAACACCAAGUGCAAAGACUAUUAUGAAAUCUUGGGGGUAACUAAAGAAGCAACGGACUCGGACAUCAAGAAAGCGUACAAGAAGUUGGCGCUGCAGCUCCAUCCGGACAAGAAUCAUGCGCCCGGAGCUGCCGAGGCUUUCAAGGCCAUAGGCAACGCAGCGGCCAUCCUAACAGACGCGGAAAAGCGCAAACAGUACGACGUGCGAGGCGAGGAGCCGACGCACGCGCCGCAACAGCAGCAAUACUACGCGCGCGGCUUCGAGUCGGACUUGACCGCGGAGGAGCUUUUCAACAUGUUCUUCGGCGCUACUGGUCAAUAUUACGGUAUUAACGAUGUUGGGCACGAGCAAAACACCUUUCCAUGAGCCUGACACACACUAUGCCCUAUCUCACGCUCUACCUCCUAUCUCACACUAUAACCCCUAUCUCACACUGACCCCUAUCUCACACACUACCCCUUAUCUCACACACAGGCCCCUAU